GCCGUGCGGCUUCUGCGGCGGCCGUUGGCCGUUAGCGCGGCUUGGGCGGUUGUCUUGGAGAAGCAAGAUGGCGGCGACGACGGCCGCGGUGGUGGCCGAGGAGGACACGGAGCUGCGGGACCUGCUGGUGCAGACGCUGGAGAACAGCGGCGUCCUGAACCGCAUCAAGGCUGAACUUCGCGCAGCUGUGUUUUUAGCACUAGAAGAGCAAGAAAAAGUAGAGAACAAAACUCCUUUAGUCAAUGAAAGCCUGAAAAAGUUUUUAAAUACAAAAGAUGGUCGUUUAGUGGCUAGUCUUGUUGCAGAAUUUCUCCAGUUUUUUAACCUUGACUUUACCUUGGCUGUUUUUCAACCUGAAACAAGCACAUUUCAAAGUCUAGAAGGUCGAGAGAAUUUAGCCCGUGAUUUAGGUAUCAUUGAAGCGGAAGGCACUGUGGGAGGACCCUUAUUACUAGAAGUGAUCAGACGCUGCCAACAGAAGGAGAAAGGGCCCUCCGGUGGGGAAGGUGCACUGGAUCUGUCUGAUAUACAUUCUCCACCAAAGUCACCAGAAGGAAGAACCAGUGCACAUGGAACCCCCAGUAAGAUACCAAGGUAUAAAGGACAAGGUAAGAAGAAGACAAGCGGGCAGAAGUCUGGUGACAAGAAGGCCAGCAAUGAGGCCAACCAGAAUGACACAAGCAUCUCCUUGUCAGAGGCAAAGAGCAAAAGCAGUCUGCACUCAGUGGCCCAUGACAGCAAAAUUGGAUCUUUCUUAAGCAAUGCCACUUCAGAGGUCAAAGACACAGCUGGUCUUUGUCCAGAUGAAGAUGAUUUGGAAGGAGACUCUUUCUUUGAUGAUCCCAUUCCUAAACCAGAUAAAACUUAUGGUUGGAGAAGUGAACCUAGGAAGCCAGCGGGAAGCCUGGCUUCACUCUCAGAUGCGCCCCCCUUAAGGAGCGGACUCAGUUCCCUGGCAGGAGCCCCCUCGUUGAAAGACUCUGAGAGUAAAAAGGGAAGCACAGUUUUGAAAGAUCUAAAAUUGGUCAACGAUAAAAUUGGAUCACUUGGAUUAGGGACUGGAGAAGAUGACGACUAUCUUGAUGAUUUUAAUAGUGCCAGCCGUCGCUCAGAAAAAAGCGAACUAAGUAUUGGUGAAGAAAUUGAAGAAGACCUGUCUGUGGGAGGAGACGACAUCAAUACCAGUGAUAAACUUGAUGACCUCACACAAGACCUGACUGUCUCCCAGCUCAGUGAUGUCGCGGAUUAUCUGGAAGAUGUUGCAUAGACAUGAAGAGGAGGUCUUCUAAUUAACAAAGGACAAAGGACUGAUCAGCUCCAUAUUUUUUUUUUUCCAGACAAUCACUCUUUGCUGGAAUGUCUAUUCCCUGUUGGUGCCUUGCAUUUCAAAAAGACUGCAGAUAUUUUUAAAAAUUAGCUUUUCAUUUUACUGAACAAAAUACUUCCUGUAUGAGCCCAUGUGUGGAAGAUGUAAUAUUCCUAAUCUGGCCUAGCUGUAUGUUUCUCUGUGGAAGUUGACUGACUGCUUUCAGGCUCAUCACAGGGAGGGACCCAUGGAAACGUCAGUGUCACGAGCAUAAGGAGCGGUGUCAAUAAAGCCGUAGGUUUGCACAACUCUGCUGCAGUGGUCUUUGGAGCCUUAGCUUCAGCCAUCUGAAAACAAAGCUUCCUUACCACUUAGUAUGUUUUGAUAUUAGGUGGUUCUGCACAUAGAUCCAGUAAAUUUGUGAUACUGAAGUAUAUUGAUGUAAGUAGAUUUGAUGUAUCAACUUUAUUUUGUAUUUCCUUCCUUUUGGAAGGUUUGUUAGACCAUUAAGGUUAUAUUAAAGUACUCUUGUGUGUGCUAUUUAGUUUUGUUUAUUUAAAAGAAAUCUAGAGUGGUUUUGACCUUUAAUUCUUUGACUUGUCAGUAACAGUUGACAUUUACGGUCACCAUGUCUCCUCUUGUCCACGUAGGUAGCUUUAGGCAAGGUCCUCUUUGUUGCAGCUGCAGCUUCUUACUGUACAGAUGCCUUGAAACAUAGUAAAUACCAAAGUGCAUCUGAAACCACUAAGCAGUGCUUUCAUUUCAGAUCUGUAAGUCAAUGUUUAAAUCCAAAUUGGAAUGAAACAGUAGUAAUGGCCUAAGACCAUAUAUAUUCAGUUUGACAAGCUUUAUAUAUUGUAUAUAAUUUCACUGUAAACCCUUUAAAAACAGAGCCAGUAGUAGAAUUUCCAGCAGUCUCAUUUAUACCAACAUGCAUUGUGCUGCUGUGAUGUAGGUCACUGACAUUUGUAAUGUUACUAAGAUUUUAAAAUGUGCAAGUAAGAAAAACAGAAGUGGUGCAGUGUGUUCAUGUGAAUACAAGCUGUGAAGGUGUUAAUUUUUGUACUUUUUAUUUCACAUACGACUUAUUAAAAAGUUACCUUUAUUAAUAAAAAGAGCAAAUAAGGCAUAGUUGGUGGGUCACGGUAAGUGACAGACUGAGUUGCAUAAUGCCAGUUUUCCAUUUUGUAUUAACUGAAGAAUUGCAAAAAUAUUUAUCAGGCCCUAAAAUGUAGAGGAAAUGAAAAUUUAAAGAGGAUCAAGGCUAUCUAACCUUAGAAUCUGGCUAAGUAAAACUGAGCUGUAAACAUCAAGAGGAAGUAGGACAGAAAAUGGGCCAGGCGUCCUGGAACCCCCACGUUUCUGUCCUCAGUUUGUGGGCCCCUAUCUGUCCCAGUCAGCUUUUCAGGUUUGAAAAAUAGCACUGCAUGAAGAUGGAACUGGGCUUGAUACAGUCUGCGUUUGCGUUUCCUGGGGAACGUGUCAUCUGUGUGAGCACUUUCUAAAAACUCUGGUCCUCUGGAGUCUGAAUCAGUGUGUGAUUUUUUUUUUUUUUUUUGGUGGUGCUGGGAAUGGAACCCAGGGCCUCACACAUGCCAGGCGGAUGCUCUACUACUGAGCCACACCUACAGCCCAUGGUCCAUUUUUGGUGGAAGCUACAUUUCAGUGCAGUUAUGUGGGAGCAGAGCAGGAUGUGGCUAUUUAAAUUUAUGGAAAGCUUUGAAACAAUAGCAUCUGAAAUUUGUCAUUUUCUGUUUCUCAUAGACUCUGACCUUUCAGUGAUAUUUGGGAGGGUGGGAAGAAAAUGCAAGAUUUAUCACUUCUCAUCAGCACUAUAUAACAGAUUACUGAAUGAUUUUGAAAUUUAAAAUUGAACUAUGGAGAAGUUUUCACAUGUAUUCCUUGCUUAGAUAUUAUUACCCUGUUAAAACUUACAAUGUGAAGUUAUAGGUUUUGUGUUUGAUUAGUGUUUUCUUUUUGUUUAAAAAAAUAUAUUAAAAUAUUAACUCAUGAGA